AGAGUUUGACCGUUAGUGUGUCACUGAAGCCAGUAAAGGAGGUGUGCUUGCUGCUGCAGUGCGGGGUCGUUUCCCUACUAAACCUAACGAAAUUCACAAUAGAAACCUAACCUACAGUGGUUCAGUAACGAUGGCUGACGGAGACAACAAAAGCGCAAAUAUGCUAGCUCAGGAAACGGCCCAACUGGAGGAGCAGCUGCAGGGCUGGGGUGAAGUGAUCCUGGCCGGGGAUCGCGUUGUGCGCUGGGAGAAACCUUGGUUCCCUGGAGCCCUGAUGGCUACCACCACUGUGCUCUUUCUGCUGAUUUACUACCUGGACCCAUCAGUGCUGACUGGGCUCUCCUGCGCUGUCAUGUUGCUCUGCCUAGCAGACUACCUGGUACCCACACUCGCACCCAGAGUCUUCGGCUCCAAUAAGUGGACCACCGAGCAACAGCAGCGUUUCCACGAGAUCUGCGGUAACCUGGUGAAGACCCAGCGUCGGAUCGUGGGCUGGUGGAAGCGUCUCUGCGCCCUCAAGGAGGAGAAGCCCAAAAUGUACUUUGCCUCAGUGAUCAGCAGCUUGCUGGUAGUGGCCUGGAUCGGACAACAGGUGCACAACCUCUUCCUCACCUACCUGAUCGUGAACUUCCUGCUGCUGCUGCCUGGCCUGAACCAGCACGGCGUCAUCACCAAGUAUGCGUCCAUGGCCAAGAGGGAGAUCAACAAACUGCUCAAACAGAAGGAGAAGAAGAACGAGUAGACGGAAGUGUGAAGAGGAAAUCUCUGAAAGAUGAACCACGACAAAAUGGAAGGGGGAAGGAAGUUGAUUGAAGAGGAGAGCAAAAAAGUAAAGAAAAAAGAGCCUCUUGGUUCCUCGGUCUGUGCCACCGAGCAAGACACCCUUUUUUUCACACGUUGGAUAAGUUUCAUUUCUCUUCAAUUUGAUGUUCGAACCUCACAUCACCCACUAGUUUAUUUUUUUAUUUUGAAUUUAUCUGCCAUGCAUGCAGCCACCAUGUGAAGGUUAUCUGAUAUUGUCACUCGUUCAUACACGGCACUGAAAGGCUCAACACCCACGCUCCCCUGCCCCAUACACAGUUUAAAACCUUCCUUCUGUUCAGGUGUGCUUCAUUUUAAGAUGUCAGUAAUGCUUUUAAGCCAUUCCCUCUACUUAGACAAAGUGACUACUGAGCAGUUUUUGUAGCAUUACUGCAUCAUUUUAACCUCAGAUUCCUCACAGUAUUUUUUUAUUUCUUUGUUUUUGUUUUUUCCCUUUUCCCCAGGACAGGUCAUGUACAUUUAACUUUAUUUUUUUUUUGUUGCUUAUUCUGCUUUGGUUGUAUUUAAAAAUGACGCAGAAAACUGGAUUUAAAGCUGAGCUUGUCAGGAGUGCAACUUUCUUGAUACAAGCCUACUGCUGCUAGCUGGACUCUGCUCUAUUAGCUCUUCUAUAAAACCCCAGUGUGUUAAUGGUGUGGGGUGUCUGUGUAAAUAGGCCUAUCACUUUGUCCCUGUCAGUUUUCCUUUUUCUCUGUUCUUAUUUAUGUGUUCGGUCCUUCUCAAUUGUAAGGUUUCUGGUUUGAUUACGGUCUUUAAACUCAUUUCAUUUUGUCUUUAUUGGAGUUCUUUAUGAAAACAAAUAAAGUGUGAUUUAAA